UUUUCGUACGGCUGGGGAGCUUUGGAAACACAGUCAACACGAUGAUACUACACUGUACAAGACUGACACAAGGCCCAUCGAGCCUACUAUUAUCGAGAAUCAACAGAGCUGGACCCGCUCUGAAUUUGUACAAUUCGUUGACGAGACCGCUGUUACGACGAUACCAGUUCAACCUCCGGCCACCGCCUGGAAUACCACAGCAAGCGAAACAGCGAACAACAAUCCUGAGCGGUUGGAGUGGCAGUGCCUGUGCCGGCUUUGGCUCCUCUGUUCCAAGCCUGCGACGCGGCCUGGCACAAGGCGGCAAAGUGUUGGUCAAAAAUGUUAAGAGUGCCCCAGCACAAGCCCGUUUUAAAAUGGGCAAGUCCGAGAUUGGGCGUCUGCUCGCUUUGGUCGCAUCGGAGAAGUGGGUGCUCCUAGCUGGUAUCGCCUGCCUAGUGGUCUCCUCGGCCAUCACCAUGUCUGUGCCGUACUUUCUGGGAAGGGUCAUCGAUAUGGUGUUCAACAAAACCGGCAUAAACAACGAUGCCCUAGAAGGACUACAGCAGUACUCCUUGAUGCUAUUCUUUAUCUUCGUUUUGGGAGGCCUGGCCAACUUUGCCCGUGUCUAUAUGUUUGGAAAUGCCUCUCUGCGCAUUGUGCGCCUACUCCGCUCUCGCCUGUACGAAUCGAUGCUCAUGCAGGAGGUCGGCUGGUUCGACACAAAGGGUACCGGGGAACUUAUCAAUCGACUGAGCAACGACACCUACAUGGUUGGCAAUUCACUGAGCCAAAAUGUCUCCGAUGGCCUCCGCUCUGUGGCCAUGAUUACCGUCGGUAGCGGCAUGAUGAUUUACACAUCGGCACAACUGGCUAUGGUCAGUGCACUUGUGGUGCCGGCCAUGGCUGGCAUGGCCAUUGUAUAUGGACGCUACGUGCGACGCAUCACCAGAAAGGAACUAGACAAGUACGCAGAGAUAAUGAAGUAUGCCGAGGAGCGUUUCGGCAAUGUAAAGACGGUGAAGACUUUCUGCCGCGAGCAGCAGGAGGUGGUCUCAUUCGAUGAGAAGCUAAAUGAAGCACUGAAGAUUGCCUACCAGGAGACACGGGCGCGAUCGAUUUUCUUUGGUCUGACCGGCUUCUCGGGCAACUUUAUCAUCAUAUCUGUGCUGUAUUAUGGCGGCACCCUGGUACUGGACAAUGCGCUGAGCAUCGGCGCCCUCACCUCCUUCAUGCUGUAUGCCGGCUAUGUGGCCGUCUCCAUGAACGGCCUGUCCAGUUUCUACAGCGUACUGAACAAGGGAAUCGGCGCCUCGGAGCGCAUUUGGGAGAUUCUCGAUCGGAAGUGCAGCAUACCCAUUGACGCGGGCCUCAUGCCGGCAUCCAAGCCCAUUGGCGAGGUCGGCUUCCACAACGUCCACUUCACCUUUCCCUCGCGACCCGACAGCUACGUACUCAAAGACUUCACGCUCAGUCUGAGGCCCGGCCAGACAACCGCCAUCGUUGGUCGAUCCGGAUCGGGCAAGACGACCAUAGCCCUGCUCCUGCUGCGCCUGUACGAUCCCCAGGGGGGGAUGGUCACGCUAGAUGGAUUGGAUCUGCGCACCGUCAAUCCCCAGUGGGUGCGAAACAAUGUGGGCGCUGUGAGCCAGGAGCCAGUUCUCUUCUCUGGCACUAUACGUGAGAACAUACUGUACGGUGUGAAUGCCGGCGAGGACCAAAGCGAGGAGCUGCUGCAGCGCGUUGUUGAGGAGGCAAACAUUGGACAAUUUACCAGCAAAUUGCCGGAUGGCCUCAACACACUUGUGGGCCAACGUGGCAUGAUGCUCAGCGGUGGCCAGAAGCAGCGAGUGGCCAUUGCCCGUGCGCUCAUAAAGAAUCCCACCAUACUCCUACUGGACGAAGCAACCAGUGCCCUUGACGCCGUCUCCGAGCAGUUGGUGCAGAAUGCCCUAGAUCGGCUCAUUCAGGGUCGCACCGUGUUGACAAUUGCCCACCGUUUGAGCACAAUCCGGAAUGCUGACAAUAUUGCUGUGCUGGAUGGGGGUCGGAUCGUGGAGCAAGGCAACUACGACAUGCUGAUGGGCAUUGAUCAGGGAGCCUUUCGGGAGCUGGUGGCCAGCCAGGCAUUUGGGGGUCGACCCUCGUGAUUUUGGCGACUAUUUUAUAGAGUUUUGGGGGUGUAGGAUUAGAUAAGACUGGUGUUAGAUUAGAUGUGAAACUAGAAGCCAUCGCCUGCCACACGGCUGGCUGGUGGCUGGUGCUCUUGGUUGGCGCCCUCAAGAUCCAGGGGGCUAUGUGUUCAAAAACAUUUAAAUGCUUUAUUUAAUCUAGUAAAAUACAGAAUUGACCGUGUUAAAUGAGAAA